AUGGUCGACGGUCAGGUGACGGAACCAGGACCGACCAAUGACGAUGUUACGAAAAUGAUCCUUCUUGCCAACAACCGUUUGACUGAAAAUUAUAUGAGGGACCCACAAACAGCAGUCAUAUCGGCGAUAGUGAAACAAGUAAGAACGGUAUGUCGAUGUGAUUGGGUAGACGCAUUCUGUAUUGCGCGGUCACUUUAUUCAAUGCUCAACCUAAAAUUCGAUGAACGAACAAUACGCAGCACUAUCAAAGAGAAUGCAGCUCGCGAAAAUUCAGAAAACUUCUGGGCAUCAUUUGACGUAGAACUUUGGUUGAAAACUGGCUGCUGUGCACUGCUUCGAUCAGAACGAGCAAUGCAACGCGUGAUGGACAAGCUGUGCACCGGCAUGAAUAUAGUCCCAUUAGUAAAGGCCUUGGCCGUUGACUACCUGCAAAGUGCCAGUAACCGUUUUGGGCAAGAGUUCAAGGAUGCCAGCAUCGCGAUGACUGAAGACGGCGAACUGAGAAUGGUGAACAAAGCUAUCGAGGCCAUUGUGUAUGAAACGAUGCAAAAGAAACCGGCUCGUAUCUCUUCAGAGAUGAAAGCAAGAAACACCGUCAGCUAA